AGUGGGAAUUCUGACUUUAUUCUCAGAAUUCUGACUUUAUUCUCAGAAUUCUGAGAAUAAAGUCAGAAUUCCGACUUUAAAGUCAGAAUUCUGAGAAUAAAGUCAGAAUUCUGAGUUUAAAGUCAGAAAUUGGGAAUUCUGACUUUAAAGUCAGAAUUCUGACUUUAUUCUCAGAAUUCUGACUUUAUUCUCAGAAUUCUGACUUUAAAGUGGGAAUUCUGACUUUAAAGUCAGAAUUCUGACUUUAUUCUCAGAAUUCUGACUUUAAAGUCAGAAUUCCGACUUUAAAGUCAGAAUUCUGAGAAUAAAGUCAGAAUUCCGACUUUAUGGCGUGGGGUGGCGGAGGGAGAGUCAGUGUGGUGUGGUUUUGACCAGAGGGACAUUAUGUCGUAAACGAGUGACUUUUUGCGUGCCAGAGGAUUGCCGGAGGACAUCAUUUCACACUUGGAGGAGCAGGGGGUGAGUAAAUAAAGCAUUGUGUUCAUUUUGGUGACUGUUGCGUAUAUAACUGGCUCCGUGUAGCAUGUAGCUCCGUUGCUAAUUGAUAGCUCUUGACGGGACGCGCCGCAUUUACACGUAAAGAAGCAUUAUGCGUAUUUUUGUUCAUUCAGUAGUCAGUUUCAUUAACCCGAUGACGUAAUGUACGAUUAUAAAUAUAUAUACACGUCACGGCAACGUCACAAAGCGUCGGUAAAACACCGCGACUUGCGGCAUAAACUAUGCCUUGCUAAUUGUGACCGGCCGCAAUAUCAUUAAAUUAACCUUAUAUUUAACUCAAUACACUGAUCACACUGUUGUUUAAGAGUGGUGAUUCUACGCACCACAAUUCAAGGUUACAUCAUUUGAAGGAUAAUCAUGCACACACGCACGUCUUUAUUUACUCACUGGAUGAGACUUGUUUAGUGAUGUUACACCUGACAUCGUACCAGGAGUAUUAGUAUUAAAAACAACUUUAUACAAUAAGCAUACUGUCAUAAAGUCAUGUUUUCAAAAUGCCCACUGUUGUGUUUGACAAAUUGUAAUUGUUUUUACUUUGUUGUGCAGAUAAAGUGACUGAUGGAGGGUGCAACUCAACCAGUGCCCGAAAAGCCGGAUUUGGAUGACUUAAUCAAGCUAUGCUUUAGACUUGCAUUCAGCAACAAGGAAAUACUUGCAGUUUUAGCACAUAAUGCUCAGACUAUUAUAAGUAUUAGGACUCUGAAGAGAACUUGUAAAAGACUUGGUCUGUUCCGAAGAAAGAAUCAGUCGGACCUGGGAGAUGUGUUGGCUUUUGUCCAGCAUGAAAUCCUGACUUGUGGCCAGAUGCAAGGUUAUCGCUGGCUUCAUCUACGUGCGAUUCAAAAAGGAUUUGUUGUCUCACAAGAUACAAUAAGACAAAUUAUAAAAUUGGUUGACCCAGUCGGCGUGGAAUUAAGAAGAGCACGACGCCUUAGAAGACGCCAGUACAGCUGCAGAGGCCCAAAUGCUCUUUGGCACAUGGAUGGCUAUGAUAAAUUAAAACCCUAUGGGAUUUGCAUCCAUGGUUGUAUUGAUGGGUUUAGCCGGUAUGUGUUAUGGGCAGAGGCCUAUAUUACAAACAAUGAUCCCAAGGUGAUUGCAAGUUAUUUUAUCAAAACAGUUUCGCGCAUUGGUGGAUGUCCAGAGAGGAUCCGUGCAGACAGGGGCACAGAAAAUGGUUGUGUUGAACAGAUGCAAGUGUUUUUGCGACAAAACCACUCUGACAAUUUUGCUGGGGAGAAAAGUUUUCUUUACGGGAGAAGUACUGCCAAUCAGCGCAUUGAAGGGUGGUGGUCCAUCCUUCGCAAACAGAGCGCACAGUUCUGGAUUAAUUUAUUUCAAACUCUUCAGGAGGAUGGUCACUACACAGGAGAUUUUCUGGAUAAAAGUCUUAUCCAGUUCUGCUUUCUUAAUCUUGUGCAGGAUGAGCUGGAUGAAGUUGUGAACACAUGGAACUCACACAAAAUAAGACCAAGGUCGAACGGUGAUACAGCUUCAGGCCGGCCAGUCGUCAUGUAUUCAUUCCCUGCCAUGCACAGUGCCGAGGAUCGACUAAAACCCACUGGAAUGCAAGAUAUCACUGCGUGUAUGGAAGAGUGCACUCCAAAAUGCCAGUUUCCUUGCGAUGAAACUGUAUUUGAACUGUGUUGUCUGCUAAUGGAGGAAAAUGAAUGGCACGCUCCAUCAGAUCCGUUGCAUGCAAGUGACUUGUAUCUUAUGUUGAGAGAGGAAUUACUGAAGAUUGUUUGACAAGCGUAUUGAUGUAAUACAUAUAAACUCCUCAGAAAAAUAAUUUAACUGAUUUUUUUUAAUCAGUAGUCUGUAUACUCAGUUACUAUGUUUUUUUAGUCCUACAAUGCCUUCUUGACCUUUAAAUAUUCCUUAAUGACCCAAAUUAAACAGAAUAAUUCAUUGCAAAAUUGAAUUUUUUUUAACUAUGCUUACCGGAUCUAUGGUUAUUCUUUUCCAUUUGUGACUAACAAAAACCAAGAUGUUACAUUUUGCUUGAAAUGUCCUGAAUUUGACUGCUUAAAUAUGUAUUAAGUAUUAAUGUAUUACUUGUAUAUUAAAAAUUGUGUCUUUUCAUAGAAGGCAUCUGUACAACAUAAUACUUUAUUUUUAUAUACCAACAUUCAGGUGCAGUCUGGAAAUACAUAGUGGAUAAAGAGUGAGUUUAUUGAAUGCAAUAAAAUAUUACCACUCUUCA